AUGGCAAGACUUCGAACUCUGCACUGGUCCGCUAUAAUCAUUUCUCUCGGUUUCACACUUGUUAUGGUAGCCAUUCGCGCAUGCGUCCGUCGUGGAUUGGCAUUUCACGCGAAGUUCCUGCCUUUGAUAGACGGGUUGGAGAGGGCCCAGAUCACGAUUUGGAUCGUGGAUCAUGUUCGUACAGAGGGUGUUCAUAAGCUCGGCACUCUCACGAUCCCCCAUAAACGUCACGUGGGAAAAGAAGACGCCAGCUGGCUGUACAUGCUACCCAGACUUCUGACUGCGUCCCGCUGUCAUGAGAGUGUCGACGCGGAUGAAAACGUAGUCUUCUUUGGCCCAGACGUACCAGAAUCUGAAUUUCACGAAGAAUCACCCAUCUGCGAUCAAGUCAAGCUAUGUGCAGAACUCGUACUGCAUAAUUCGGGAGCAGAGAAGACUGAAGGCUGGGACGAUAUAACUGUGCAACUACGCAAAGUAAUAGAAGGCCUGGUCACGCGCUUCUGGCAGCAAGAAUACUUCAAGGAUCCGAAUCGGCAGAGCCUUACUUGGACACUUCCUAUGGUCAAGACGUGUCCUGGUAUCAUAGACUCAAGCAUCCGUGCGCAAACAGUACACACACUUGUACCACAGAACAUACGCAUGGAAAUUGUGAGAGUAAAAACUGGACGUAUCGACGCCAUGGAGUGGCGUUCCAAUGUUGAAGGAGACGACACUACCGUAAUGCUCACGGCGCUCCGGGAUUUGGACGCUUGCGCACGUGAAACGUCAAGAGUCAACCCCGAGGGGCCAUCACAUAGCCAUUUGCUAAAGGCUUCUCGAAUCAUCGGAUUUGUGCCGCAUGACGAGGUGAAUGACGCAGACUCGCUGCUUCACACGUACUUGAAAUGGCUUGACGGCACAUUGCUUUUUUUUGCUCUGACUGCAUUGCCAGCUUCGCAAAAGCCAGCACAUCAAGAGGACAUAAACCGCAGUAGCGCUACUUAUGGGUGCCACUACUCCUCGUCAUGGCAAGGUGCUUCGCGCGACAGAGAUGCUGUUGACGGAGGUGUGACUGACGAAAAACCCUGCAACGACAUAUAUAUGUUUUGCGAUGGCACUGAUCGUGAAGAAUGUGCACGCGAGAUAUUUGGUAUCUUUGUUCUCACACUAGCUUCUCUUCCGAAACCUUUGGAGGAGUUUGAUCUCUAUGAAGAAGUCGUCUAUGCCGGGUCAUCUACCUCAGUUGCGCGACAUCGUAUACUGGAUCGUAUGGUCGAACUCAUGAUUCAGAAAGCCCCAAGUCUUUUCCCGACGAAAAAAAAGGCAAGAGAGAUGAUAAUCCCGGCGUUCAUCAAGCACAGCUUACUUCCUUCCAUGAAAGAAAAGCUGGCGACUCCAAGUUCGGGGAGCUCCGAAGUAGCAUCACCACUGUAA